AUGGACAUAAGCUUGCCAUUCCCUAAGAAAUCUGCCAAUAUUGGUGACAAUGUGGAUGGGAUCAGCAAGUUGCCAGUUGAAGUUAUUUCUCACACAAUCUCAUUUCUUACAACAAAACACGCAGUCUCCACCAGCAUUCUAUCCAAAAGAUGGGAGUACAUUUGGACACUAACCCCAAAUCUGGAUUUUUCUGAUCAAUUUUCUUAUAAUAUUGCAAGACACAAUAGUAAUAAUGCGACAGUUUUCAGGUCCUUCAAGGAUUAUGUGGAUCAGACCCUCGGUAUUGCUCAUGUUGUAUCUGUUGAUGAUGCUUCAAUGCACAGGCUCUUUUCUAGCUGCCCUGUCCUUGACCUUCUAGUACUGUCUGGCGAUGCUAUGUCGUCUGUCAAUUCUGUUGUUUGUGAUUCUAUUCUGCCCACAUUCCAUGAUCUUACCAAACUAGUGCUAUAUGUUGGUGAGUUUAUAAACUGGGAAUCCCUGCCAGACUUGCUUGAGAGCUCUCCUAAUCCUGAAAUUCUCGUAUUUCCAGCUAAGUGUCUGCUCUCAAGUCUGAAGACAAUUGAAAUUAAUAACUUCGUGGAAAUGUCGGGCGAGAAAUAUAUUGUAGAAUAUUUGCUAGAGUCUGCCGAAGUUUUGGAGGAGAUGAUAAUCCCAGGUUACAAAUUUUUUUGGAAGGCCAAGAAUGCUGAAGAAGCUAGAGGCUCUUAG